CCCUCCCUCCCUCUUUCUGCAGGCGCACCGAGAAACACACAAAAAGAAGCGAGGCGCGCCGGGAGAGCUUCCCAGAAAGCGCUCCGACAAAGACCCCCCCAAACCUAUCGACACCCCCCUUCUUCAGGGAAAGGAGCCAUGACAGAGACCACCAAGACCCACGUCAUCCUGCUGGCCUGCGGCAGCUUCAAUCCAGUCACCAAGGGCCACAUCCAGAUGUUUGAAAGAGCCCGUGACUAUCUGCACAAGACAGGAAGGUUCAUUGUCAUUGGUGGAAUUGUCUCACCUGUACAUGACUCCUAUGGGAAACAGGGUUUGGUCUCCAGCCGACAUCGCCUGACAAUGUGCCAGCUGGCUGUUCAGUCCUCCGACUGGAUAAGGGUCGACCCCUGGGAAUGUUACCAAGAUACUUGGCAGACCACCUGCAGUGUACUGGAACACCACCGGGACUUAAUGAAACGGGUUACUGGCUGUAUCCUCUCCAAUGUGAACACGCCAUCCCUGACUCCAGUGAUUGGACAGCCACAGAAUGAGACCCCACAGCCCAUCUAUCAGAACAACAACCUCGCAAACAAGCCCACUGCAGUGAAGCUGUUGGGAAAAGUGGGUGAGAGCCUGAGCAGGAUUUGCUGUGUUCGCCCCCCAAUGGAGCGUUUCACCUUUGUGGAUGAGAAUGCAAAUUUGGGGACAGUGAUGAGAUAUGAAGAAAUUGAGCUCCGAAUCCUGCUGCUGUGUGGCAGUGACUUGCUAGAAUCCUUUUGCAUCCCAGGCCUGUGGAAUGAAGCUGAUAUGGAGGUAAUAGUUGGGGACUUUGGCAUUGUUGUUGUACCACGAGAUGGUGCUGACACAGACAGGAUCAUGAAUCACUCCUCAAUACUUCGCAAGUACAAAAACAAUAUUCUGGUCGUGAAGGACGAUGUGAAUCACCCCAUGGCUAUUGUCAGUUCCACCAAAAGCAGACUGGCUCUUCAGCAUGGCGAUGGGCAUGUUGUGGAUUACCUGUCUCAACCAGUCAUCGAUUACAUCCUCAAGAGUCAGCUGUACCUGAAUGCCUCUGGAUAAAGCUCCUCCGGCAUUGCAACAAAGGAGUCCAAUCGCUCAACUUUCUUACGGUUAUUCAUCACAGUUCUCUUCCUCACUCUCUCUUUUCUUUUUCUUUUUCACUGCCUCUUGCGUGCAUCUGCCUCUUUCACUCUGAUGUCCCCACCUCACCCCUUCCCACUCAAGUGCAGGGAAGUGCUGCAUACAACCAGGCAACUGAGUGCAUCUACACCAUCAAGCUGUCCUUUUCCCCACAGUGAAGAGGAAGAACAGGAUUGAGUAUCAGGUGCCAUGUGCUUAAAAGAGAGAGGCUGUGGUGCCCACCUUCCCAGCAUGCUUUCAGGGAAAGGACACUGUCUGCCUUCAUAGCAUCCUUUGGGACCCAGGAAGGUUAUUCGUUUUGUCUUCUCUCUCUUGUUGUGUGUCAGCUAAACUAAUCUCAGUGCGUUUCUUUAAAUUUUAAGUGCUUUUAUUGGAUCUUUUUUUUAUUAUUGUGAUCCAUUAAAAUUACGGUGCAGUUGGCAGGAGAUUCUAACCCACUUGGUAGAAAGCCCAGGCUUUUUAGGUCAGCCAUGGAAGAAUUCAGCCUUGAAUUCAAGAAAAAAGGCAGAAAAUAGCCCAAAUUCCUUUGGUUGUUUAUGUUGGGCAAAGAAAGAAAAAAAUGUUGAUAGUACAAGGAGGGAAAAAAGCAGA